GGGCCUGCGUACGCGGGUGGUUCUUUGCCUUCGCAUAGGAUGCCUAUCUCUGUGUCGGGUGUGCUGGUCGUAUAUAGAGUCCCGCUUUUGCGGGCUUUAUUCUGAACCCCCUCUCCGCCAUGGCUACCGUCUUCGACAAAGUCUCGGACGUCCUGUCUUCCGCUCUCAACUCUCAGAAAGACGUCCCCGCGGGCGUCGCUGACGUUAAGCCCUCGCUACCUGCUACCAAUGGCCUGACUGCGCCGCUCGUCUCCGCCCUCGACUCGCAGAAGGGCGUGCCCGACGGUACCGACACGCUCAAGCCUACGCUGCCCACUCUCGACCGCCUCGGUGCCUCGCUCCAAGCCGAUAUCGACGCCCAGAAAGUCGCCUCCGAGUGGUUCACGAAGUUCGCAUCCGCCGUCGCCGCGAAGGACACGACCAAGAUUGUCGACCUCUUCCUGGAGGACGGCUGGUGGCGCGACCACCUCGCCCUCACCUGGGAGUUCCGCACCUUCCAUGGCGUCUCGAAGAUCAAGAAGCUCCUCGACGACCAGCUCGCGUCCUUCGACUUCUCGAACGUCAAGCUGCGCGACGGCGCGCAGUUGAAGCAGCCGUACACCGACCUCGCGUGGGUCCAGUUGCUCUUCGACUUCCAGACGAACGUCGGCGUUGGGAGCGGCGUGGUGCGGCUGGUCCCCACGGCGAGCGGCGAGUGGAAGGUAUUCACGCUGUACACGACACUGGAGGACCUCAAGGGCUUCCCCGAGAAGAUCGGACCCAACCGUGAUUGGCUGCCGAACCACGGGAAGUGGCUCAACCAGCGCGAGGAGGAGCGCUCCUUCUCGAAGGGUGACCCGGACGUCAUCAUCAUCGGUGGCGGCCAGAGUGGUCUGGAGUCCGCCGCUCGCUUGAAGAUGCUCGGCGUUCCCGCGCUCGUCCUCGAGAAGCAGAACCGGAUCGGCGAUCAGUGGAGGUACCGCUACGAGGCUCUUUGCCUCCAUGACCCCAUCUAUUAUGAUCACAUGCCGUACCUGCCCUUCCCGCCUACAUGGCCAGUAUACACACCGGCACAGAAGCUGGCUGGCUGGCUCGAGUACUACGCUGAAGCAAUGGAGCUGAACGUCUGGACCAACACCGAGGCUGAGAGCGUCAAGCUGCUCGACGACGGCAAGUACGAGGUCGUGGUGAGGAAAAGCGAUGGCUCGAAGCGCACGUUUACCGUCAACCACAUCAUCCUGGCCGUCGGCUUCGGCGGCGGAGUUCCCAAGGUGCCCACGUUCCCCGGACAGGAGGAGUUCCAAGGACAGCUCUUGCACUCGACAUCACACAAGUCCGCAAGAGAUUAUCGCGGAAAGAAGGUCGUGAUCAUCGGUGCUUGUACAUCAGCGCACGACAUCGCAGCCGACUGCGUCGACCAUGGAGUCGAGGUGACUUUGUACCAAAGGAGCGAGACAUACAUUAUGUCGACGAAGAACGGCAUGCCGCGUAUCAUGCAGGACGUCUUCUGGGAAAACACCGGACCAGUGGAGCCCAACGACCGCAUUCAUACCUCAAUGCCGACCUUCAUGAUGAAGGAGAUCCACAAGCGGCUCACGAAGGACAUCGCAGAAGCAGACAAGGAAAUCCUGGAUGGUCUGCAGAAGGCCGGCUUCAAGCUAGGCUGGGGGAGCGACGGCGCUGGUUUCCUCUACAAUGCGAUGACUCGUGGCGGAGGAUACUACUUGGAUGUCGGCACUUGCCAGAAGAUCGUCGACGGCCAGAUCAAACUCAAGAACGACAGCCAGAUCGAACGAUUCACGAAGACAGGCAUCAAAUUCGAGAACGGCUCCGAACUCGAAGCUGACGUCGUCCUGUUCGCGACAGGUUUCGACGGUGCGACGGGUGUUAUCAAGCGUAUCUGCGGCGACGAGCUCGCGAGCAGAGUGGGGACGAUCUGGAACGUGAACGAGGAGGGCGAGCAGAACGGCGCUUGGCGCUGGCUCGGCGUCCCCAAUCUCUGGUUCAUGACCGGCAAUCUCGCUAUGUGUCGUUACCACUCCAAGCAUCUCGCUCUCCAAAUCAAAGCAAUCCAGGAAGGAGUGUAUGGUAAACGCUAUACGUCGUGAUGGUCGGUUUCUUGUCGGGCCUAGAGACAUUGGUCGUAGAGGCGCUAGAAGAGAACAUAUGUACUAUAUGUAUGUAGCAUGAUGUAUACUAUGAUACGGCGAUCUAUCCUAUCCGCUCCACACAACUGUGAGACGGCGUCACAUUGCUCCCAUAUUCGUCGCUCCGAAUGGUAUCCACGAGUCCGUCUGCGAACCGCUCGUUGUCUCACG